GGCUUUGCGGAGGGGCAGAAUCCAGCAGAAAUCCAGCCCUGCCCUUCUUUGCACACGAGAGCCAGUGUGGGGCUGAUCGCGCUGCGGAUGCGUUGGUGGCAGCCUUGCAGAGCGAGACCUGCACUUAACUUGCAGCUGCCUCCCGAGCCGGGCUUCAAGAUGUCCACGCCCCGGGUGACAGGCGGCGGGGCGCUGCCCUGUGCUCGGGCGGCGAUGCUGAACAGCAGCCUGCACUGAGAGCCCGCAGCCGCUGCCGCCGCCGCCGAACAACCUAAUGUAACGGCACGGCCAACAAGAUGAACGGCGCUUUGGAUCACUCAGACCAACCAGACCCAGAUGCCAUUAAGAUGUUUGUCGGACAGAUCCCCCGGUCCUGGUCGGAAAAGGAGCUGAAAGAACUUUUUGAGCCUUACGGAGCCGUCUACCAGAUCAACGUCCUCCGGGACCGGAGUCAGAACCCUCCCCAGAGUAAAGGUUGUUGUUUCGUAACAUUUUAUACAAGAAAAGCUGCACUUGAGGCCCAGAAUGCACUGCACAAUAUUAAAACUUUACCUGGGAUGCAUCAUCCCAUUCAGAUGAAGCCUGCAGAUAGUGAAAAGUCAAACGCUGUUGAAGACCGAAAAUUGUUCAUAGGAAUGGUUUCGAAGAAAUGUAAUGAGAAUGAUAUCAGGGUGAUGUUUUCUCCAUUUGGCCAGAUAGAAGAAUGCCGGAUUCUCCGGGGACCCGACGGGCUGAGUCGAGGCUGUGCGUUUGUCACAUUUUCUACAAGGGCAAUGGCACAGAAUGCAAUCAAAGCCAUGCAUCAGUCUCAGACCAUGGAGGGCUGCUCUUCACCCAUCGUAGUGAAGUUCGCGGACACUCAGAAGGACAAAGAGCAAAGGCGCCUCCAGCAGCAGCUGGCCCAGCAGAUGCAGCAGCUCAACACUGCCACCUGGGGGAACCUGACGGGUCUGGGCGGACUCACCCCGCAGUACCUAGCGCUUCUGCAGCAAGCCACCUCCUCCAGCAACCUGGGUGCGUUCAGUGGCAUUCAGCAGAUGGCUGGCAUGAAUGCUCUGCAGUUACAGAACCUGGCAACGCUGGCGGCAGCCGCAGCCGCGGCCCAGACCUCAGCCACCACCACCAAUGCAAACCCUCUGUCCACCACGAGCAGCGCCCUCGGAGCCCUCACCAGUCCCGUGGCUGCUUCGACCCCCAACUCCACUGCCGGUGCAGCCAUGAACUCUCUGACCUCUCUGGGGACUCUGCAAGGACUGGCGGGAGCCACUGUUGGACUGAAUAACAUUAAUGCACUAGCAGGUACCAUCAACAUUGCUCAAAUGCUCUCAGGUAUGGCGGCUCUGAAUGGAGGACUUGGCGCCACGGGCUUGACGAAUGGCACGGCGGGCACCAUGGACGCCCUCACCCAGGCCUACUCAGGGAUUCAGCAGUACGCAGCCGCGGCACUGCCCACUCUGUACAGCCAGAGCUUGCUGCAGCAGCAGAGCGCCGCGGGCAGCCAGAAGGAAGGUCCAGAGGGUGCAAACCUCUUUAUUUACCACCUUCCACAGGAGUUUGGAGACCAGGACAUUCUGCAGAUGUUCAUGCCUUUUGGAAAUGUUAUCUCUGCUAAAGUCUUCAUUGACAAACAGACCAAUCUGAGCAAGUGCUUUGGCUUUGUUAGCUACGACAAUCCGGUAUCUGCACAAGCUGCUAUCCAGGCUAUGAAUGGCUUUCAGAUUGGCAUGAAACGCUUGAAGGUCCAGCUGAAGCGCUCCAAAAACGACAGCAAACCUUACUGAUCCUAAGCCCAGAGGCUCCCUGCUCUUAUUUUAGCUUUCUUAGGGUAAGUCCCACAAGCCAGCCUGUUCUCCACAGGAAAGGCAGAGGAGGACCACAUUGCCAACUUUUACCAAGAGAGACGGUUAUUUUUACAAUAAGGCCUCCAUGUCCCCUCCCCAUCCCCCCACCCAGUUCGCCAUAAUUAAAAACUUGGGCUACCUUGUUUCUAUCGAGUAAAACUCCUCUUCCAGUUGUGCCACUGUAUUCUCCUUUGUUUUGCAAUUUGAAUCUCCUUUUACUUUUUUGUUUUGUUCUUGUUUUUUGCUUUUUUUUUUUUUUUUUCCUAAAGACAAACACACAUAAAUGACAUCUUGAGAAUUUAAAAGGCAAACAAAGGCUAACGUGCAAUUCUAACUCUGAGACCCCUGGUGCCCCAGAGCACUGCCUGGAGAAUUCACCCCUCCUGUCCGCGCCCACCCCCCUAGGAGGGCGCCAACUGUUUAGAGGUUAAGGUGGUGGCCUAGCGCGAGAGAGAAGCCAGGAGAAGCACUUAAAACAAUACAAACAUCUUUCCACUACAUUUGGUUUGUUUUAACAAGUAGGAUUUUAUUUUAGGGUUCAAAGAAACAUGACAUUUAUCGGUCAGAUUAUUACACUGGUUGUCUAUUUUGUUAUUGUUUUAUUUUAGUUUUUAGAAAGGAUUACUGUACAAAAAAGAUUUAGAGAUCUGUUUCUUAAAGCUACAGGGUUUAAAAAUAAAAUAAAAAUGAGUGAAAAUACUUGAUGUUUCUUGAAAGAUAAAUUUAAUAAUAAAUAAAUAAUACAUAAAUACAUAAAUAAAAAAGAAAGCCACAGGCCUGUAAAUUUUAUUUGUAAAAAAAGCAUUUCUAUUUUUGUACAAAAUUUUUACUGCCUCAGAAAUAAUGGAAGUUAUUUAUUGCCUAUUGUUAACUUAUUGGGUACGUAAAGAACAGUUCUCUGUGCUAGCUAGAUCCUUUUGAAGUAGUCUCUAGAGGAAUCGUUCUAGGAAUGGGCUUUUUUUCACCGUUGAACCCUAGGCCUACAGUUCAUGCUUUUCCCUCUUGUUGUUCGUAUCUGUCUGACGAUUUUGUUCGUAGCUUCCAUGAUCUAUCUAGUUUAUAGUUCGGUCGUCUGACUCUUCCCGCAUAUGUUACAUCCGUUGAAACUGGAUCCUCCCCCCUGUCCCUCGCCAGCCCCCACCCCAAAACUCCCGGAAUCCAUCCCCUCUCCUCCUCCGGAUGGAUUCUCUUGGGGUUCCAUUGUGCUGUGGAUAAAGAUUGUAAGAAAUGCAAAUUACGGGAAUGGCUCCUAGACUCCCCGAUGACCUAAGAUUUGCAUUAGUUUUUCUCCUGCACCCUUAAGAGUGAUUUUGUUGCUGCUGCGUAGAUUCUGUGUAACUUUUUACUCUCCCUUGUUUUCUCCCUAGACAUCUUCAUGCCCGUUAGUUCACCGUUUGCCUAGCAUGUCCCUGUGGCGUCUCAAAAAAAAAAGUUUCAUCGUCCCGUCAUUGUUUCUGAUGUCUUUCUGACCUCACAUCACAUUUGGUUCUCCUACUGACCUUUGAUCUAGUUUGACCUUUGAAAUUUGCAUGUGACCUCAUCUAGCUAUGAAUUCUGGGAAGUCAAUGUGAAAAACAUUGCUGCAUUCAUGCAAGACUGAAAUUUAUUAUUAGACAAAUUAAUUAUAGAAAAAAAACCUGUGGCAAAAACGUUUCUUUCUUAUUUUUUUUUUCUUUUCAUAAAACAGACUUGAAAGUAUUAUACAGGGAUUGGCAUUCUUCCCGGUCACUGGUAACAAUAGCAAUAUGUGUCCAGGGACACAGAAUGUUGGUUUCUAACAGACUACUUCCAAAAACAGUUUGAGAAAAAAACUGUCUGAUUUUAAGUCUCUAGAGGUCUGUAAUAGUUUUUACAUUUUUCAGGCAGUGUAAAGUUUUUUGAUAAGGCCAUUUUAGGUGGCUCACUUUCUCAUUAAGAUAUAUAUAUAGAACCACUUUUUGUAGAUUAGUAUAAGAAAAAUAUUUACCCUGUUUUGGGGCAAAUGCUACCUAUUUGUGUCACCUUUUGCUGAACUGACUCACAGUUAGACAAUCCAUGGUUUAAUGCACAUGAAAUUACCUAUAUUUUAUACUGUUUCAAUGUACAGGAGAAAGGUUACUGUAAACUGUGUUAUGUUGGUGCUUCUGUGAAUUAAGUUGUGGUUUCAAUCAUGAGUCUUAUGGUCUUAAUGUUCUCUGUUGAUAAGACAAGUUUAGAAUUGGUUUACUUAAAGAAUUUCAAAAAAAAAAAAGUUUGCUUAAAAAAAAAUUUCAUGUGAGGGGGGGAAAAAAAAACCCUAUUCCAGAAUAAGUUUUGUGUUGGCUUGUAAAGCAUUGAUGUCAUUUUUUUUUAUUGUGGACUAUUUAGAUGUGUUUGUGUUCAGCAAAAUGUGAUUUUUUUUUCUUUUAAAGAAAAAAAGUGAAAAUAUAUAGUGCCAAAUUCCAAAGGUACUUCCUUCCUAGAGCUUCAGUGUGUUUCUUGUGAGAAGUAAUUUGAUAACAUGGGUAUUUUAUUAUGUGUUUUGUAUAAAUCCCUAAUAUUUAAAAAACAAAAAACAAAAAAAAAAGGUUAAAAAGUUUGUUAACUUGCUAUCCUGUGGUCUUGUUGCCUGAAAUUGUUAUUGUUUGUUAUUUCUCUAUGAUGUUUUUUGUAAGACAUUGUAUAAGUGCCCAUGUCUCACUUUUUUAACCGCUCUGCACAUCAAUGCUGUGACGGCAACCUCACAAUGUAUUUCCUUCAUGAUAUAUGGAAACCUCUAAGGUGAGAAAGUUUUGAACUUCUAACCCUUUCUACCCAGAGCUGUCUGGAGCGUUGGUAACUUUUUAUACCAUUGUCAUUUUUGUUUGUUCCAGGGUGUUUCUAAUUUGGAGCCCCCUUCCCCUCCCGCCCAUACAUCUUUGAGUUUUGUCUUUCCUACUUUUUUCCCCCCACUGGUUGAGAUCCAAAAGAAAAAAAACUCCACAAAACAAAUCUGAAGGGAAAAAAUAUACUUUCACCCUCUCCAUUUUUCCAUUUUUUUUUUCUUUUAGUUUUAUUUCUGGUCAUUUAAAAAAAAAAAAAAAAAACUAAUGUGCUGCUGAAAUUCCUUCUCCGGUUUUAAUUAAAAACAGUUGAUUGGAUAAACCUUCUAAGGGGGAUGGUAGGUAAGAUUCAGAACCUACAUUAACCUUAAAUUCUAAAUGCUUUUGAGAUCAGGUGUAGGGUAUGCUCUAGCUCAGAAUAUUUUCACAUACCUUCCAGUUAAAUGACUUUGUGAUGGGGUAGUAUUUUGAGGGAUUUUGUUUCUUAGUUUCUAAUCACCCACUGUGCUGGGCAUUCUCUGAUCCCAGGAGAUACCUCUAAUUAAGCAAGGUAUCUGGGGUUAGAAGCUGAUAGUCCUUUCUUUCCCUGCCUUUUUGUUAAUUUUAUUAAUUGAAAUCAUUGAAAGGGGACUGACCAUCUAAGUCCAACUCUCUUCUUUAUCACAGUUACUGACCAAACACCUAGCACCAGACCCUGCUGCCACUCUGUAAAGUGCCACAUUACUUUGACUUCGACUUCACGUUGAACAGAUCUCUUGCUGUCUUGACAAACCCUGGUGUCAUCCCUGAAGCCCCAACACAAACUCCUGCCUUUUUGAAAGCAGGCCCUGGCAGCUUCUUUGUCUCUAAAGGAGUUCAGAAACUGCUGGCUGCCUUUCCUUCCUCCUUUUCCCACUCACUACUCUGUUCAUUUUAAUGUGUGUGUGGAUGUGAUAGCCCUGGGAUGGAAAGGACUAGCCUCUAACGAUGCAAAAAAAAA